AUCAAAAUUAAUCAGAGAAACUACAUUUCCAAGGCGGGCUGUGUUACAGUCUGGACCGUCAUAAACUCGAGUCAAUUCUUGCUAUUAAGUUCUGGCAUGUUGAUUGUAGAAGUGAUUGAUCGUCUUCUGAAGUAAUAAACUAGCGAUGACUCAACAUACAGAGAUAGAGUAGGCAUGGUGAGGGAGAUAGCGGCAUUAGCAAUUGGUAACAGUGUUAUUUAAUUUGUAAGAGCUUUUCAGGAUUUGAGAGCCAUAGGCUUUCAGCUCUAGUGCACUGAAGCCUUCUUGUAAAGCAGGUGCAGGAACUUACACCAUGAUGUUCUUUUGACAUAUAUUCACUUUGUGUUACUGUCUGUACUGCUGACUGACAGAAUAACCAUGAAGAUGAAAAUAGUGCAGCACAAAAAUAAUCAUAAAUUUCCGGAGCAGACAUACCAGCUGUAUUUUUUCUUCAGUUCAUCUUCAUAUUACGGGACAACAUCAUGCUUUCUCUAAGAAAAAUAUGAAUAAUAAUUUAUUGUUGCAUUUCACUGUGCUUUGUUAAAUCCAUACUUUCCUGCUAGUUGUAAUUGGUUUAGAAGAAGCCCCGUAUUGUGUUUGGAAGACAAAGAUAUUUUGUUGGACAAGUUUCAUUCUUUUUAAAUAAGAUUUAAACUGCAAAUUUAGGUCAGGCUGCCCUAGACACUUGCAUAUUUUGCAAAGAAGAAAAAUGUCUCCUAUGACCAUUUUGUUUUUAAAUAAAAGACAAAAAAAAAGCAAUGAUAAAUUUUCCUCAGUUAAUCUGAUGACAGCUUCAGCAGUCAUUCUGCAGCACUGUGCCACCAAACAGUUAAACUAAAAUAUCUAAGACUGAAAAGCUAGGAGGGGGGAAAAAAGAAACUAGUCAUUCUAAUGAAUGAUAAUUUAGUGGCUUGUUUAAUAAUAUCUGAGUUAGUAUUACUGUAAAUGAAUUGCUCAUAAAACUAAAAAAGUACCAUGAAAUACAUUUAUCACCCAAUUCUAAAUUCAGAUUAGUCUGAAAACUUUUUCAGAGCUUCUUUAACACAGAUAAAUGAUACACAUUGUGUAAAACCAAUGACUUUCUCUUUUCUUUACAAAUAAAUUCUUCCUUGUGGUUUUUUUGUGGGGGACUGGGAAAGGGAGAAUAAGAAGAUAUUGUUCCCAUUGUGAGUAUUUUUUGUUUCAGAUCUGUGGUCAUUUUUUCACAUGUGUCCGAGGGGAGAUGAAGCACAUUGGAUUCUGCAUAAUUUGGCUUUGGAUAGCAAUUCUCUUCCUCCUUCCUGUUUCAAUUUAUAUGGCAGCCACGGACAAGACAGUUAAAGUGUGUCCUAUAAUGAGACCAGAUGGACAUCAGCGUAGACAUAUCUACAAAGAAAAUCUUGAUGUUUCAGGUUUUGAUCUAGCAGAAAGCUUUUCUCUGAGACAGGCAUCUUGUGGAGGUGAAAAAACCUGUUUUAAACUGGGAAGCACACCUCUUAUCAGAGACACUCGGCAAGUAUUUCCAAAUGGGCUUCCUGAAGAAUACUCUUUAAUAGCCACAUUCCGUGUAAGGCGAAACACCAGAAAGGAGCGGUGGCAUAUAUGGCAAAUUUUAAAUCAGUAUGAUACCCCACAGGUGUCUGUCAUAGUUGAUGGUUCAAAAAAAGUUGUGGAAUAUAUAGCCAAAUCUGCUCAGGGAAAUGUGCUACACCACACUUUUAAAAAUCGUGAAAUUUAUCCUCUCUUUGAUCGGCAGUGGCAUAAGCUUGCCAUUAGCAUACAGUCAAGGAUCGUUUCCCUCUAUGUGGAUUGUAACUUAAUUGAGAGAUGGCAGACUGAUGUAAAGAACUCCAUUGACUUUCAAGGAAGGACUUUCAUUGCUGCUCGAGCUGCAGAUGACAAGCCCGUAGAUAUUGAACUUCGCCGCAUAACAAUUUAUUGUAACCCAAAAUUUGCAGCUCAAGAGACCUGUUGUGAAAUAUCUGAGGGCAUGUGCCCACUGGAGGACAGUUUCAUUACUACUUCUUCGUCACCAGUGACUGUUCAUGUCAGCAAAAUACAUGCUCUUCCAGUAGCACAGCAGGAGUCUAAAGACCAAUGCCUCUGCUUUCCAAACAAAGGUGAAGCAGGAUUGCCAGGAGUAGCUGGUUUGCCAGGUCAGAAAGGAGAUAAAGGAGAAAAGGGUGAAGUGGGUGUUAAAGGAGAAGAUGGUGCUUCUGGGCUUCCUGGGAAGAAGGGGGAAGAUGGCUUCGUGGGUGUUCCUGGCCUUCCUGGUUCCAAGGGAGAACGUGGCUUUGAGGGUAAUAAAGGAGAAGAAGGUAAAAAGGGUGAGAAGGGAGAUAAAGGAGAACCAGGACCUGAAGGCAUUCAUGGAAAAGAUGGCUUAAAAGGUGAUCCUGGUGAUCCUGGUCUGGCUGGUCCUAAGGGAGAAAAGGGAGAUGAAGGGCCUCCAGGACAAGCUGCUUUAAGGGGUUUGCCAGGGCUAGAAGGUCCUCCCGGUCCACCAGGGAAAGAAGGUCGGAGGGGAAGGCGAGGUAAACCAGGACUCCCUGGUAAACCAGGAUCACAAGGACCUCCGGGUGAUGGAGGACAACUAGGAUUAUCUGAGGCUCCUGGACAAAAAGGACAAAAGGGAGAAAUUGGAGAGUCUUCUGAAAAAGGAGAAAAGGGGGAUCCAGGGGAAAUUGGAAUGAAAGGAUCACAAGGAAUUAAGGGUGAAAUAGGAGAUCGUGGUCCUCCUGGACUCACUGGAAAUCCAGGACCAGAGGGACUGCAAGGUCCUCCAGGACCCAUUGGACCCAGAGGACAUCCAGGAGAAGUCGGUUUACUGGGAGAGCCUGGGAUACCAGGAAAACCAGGAAUUAAAGGAGAAAAGGGUGAUUCUGGUGGCCUUAUAGGGCCUCCUGGACAUCCAGGUCCAAAAGGUGAGACAGGACCCCCUGGACCAAGUCUGCCUGGGAAACCAGGUCUGGCUGGCACUCCUGGAACCCCAGGUCCACGAGGGCCUAAGGGUGAAAGAGGACUGCCUGGUGUACAAGGGUCUCCUGGAGAGAUGGGGCCACUCGGAACAGGAAUUCAAGGACCCCCUGGUCCUAAAGGUCCAUUUGGGGAACCAGGUGCCCAGGGCCCUAGAGGACCCCCUGGAUUACCUGGAACUCCAGGUACCCCAGGCGUUGAUGGUGCUCCUGGGCCAGAUGGGAAGCCAGGACUUCCAGGUCCUCCAGGUGACCCAAUUGCACUUCCACUUUUGGGAGAUGUGGGUGCUUCCUUGAAGGGUGAUACUGGGCCGAGAGGUCCUUCAGGAAUCCCUGGUAGAGAGGGGCCAAAGGGAAGCAAAGGUGAACGUGGAUUUCCUGGACUUUCUGGAGAGAAAGGUGAUGAGGGUCUUCAAGGUAUUCCAGGGCUCCCUGGUCUAACAGGACCUAGUGGACCUUCUGGAGCAAUAGGAAGACCUGGACAUCCCGGUCCAGUUGGGGCAAAAGGUGAAAAGGGUAAUGAGGGUUCUACUGGAAAGCCUGGACCACCUGGACCUCCAGGUAUGCCUUACAAUGAAAGGAAUGGAAUGAGCAGCUUAUAUAAACUACAGGGAGGUGUAAGCGUUGCUACUUAUCCUGGUCCACCAGGCCCUCCUGGUCCAAAAGGUGAUCCUGGCACAAUGGGAGAACCAGGUCCAAUGGGACUACCUGGACUAGAGGGAUUUCCAGGAGAAAAGGGAGAUCUGGGACCUGCUGGUUCACCAGGAGCACCAGGGUUACCAGGGAAGACUGGAUCUCCAGGACCACCAGGAAUGCCAGGGGAACCAGGUGAAAGAGGCCCUGUAGGAGACAUCGGCUUUCCUGGGCCAGAAGGGCAAUCUGGAAUACCAGGAAUAAAUGGAAAAGAUGGAUUGCCAGGACCUCAGGGUCAGAUGGGAAGAGCAGGUGACAGAGGUCCCAAAGGAGAACGUGGAGAUCAAGGUAUUCCAGGGGACAGAGGUCCACAAGGUGAAAGAGGAAAACCUGGCCUUCCAGGAGAAAAGGGGGUUAUAGGACCUGCUGGACCACCAGGAGACAGAGGCUACCCAGGAUCACCAGGUCAUCACGGUUCCCCAGGUCCUCCAGGUCUUCCGGCUGACACAGUUUCAUUUGAAGAAAUGAAAAAAUACAUCAAACAAGAGGUUCUUAGGGUUUUUGAAGAGAGGAUGGCUCAGUUUGUAUCCCAACUGAAGCUGCCAGCUGCAAUGUUAGCUUCCCACGGUCAUGGGAAACCAGGUCCACCAGGAAAAGAUGGAUUACCAGGGCCACCAGGAGAACCUGGACCUCAAGGUUACAGAGGACAGAAGGGGGAAAGAGGUGAGCCUGGUAUUGGACUCCCAGGUAAUCCUGGUCCACCUGGACCUUCAGCCACUGGUGUGCCAGGCCCGCCAGGCACUCCAGGUUCCCAGGGGCCUCCAGGGAUGAGCGGAAGGUGCAACCCAGCAGAUUGUUACUAUCAUGUAUCUCAGGCUCGACAGCGUGCCAGUGGGAAAUAAACACCCCUCCAGAGACACUUUGGUUCAUGUUUAUACCUUAUUUCUUUUUAUGAAUCAAUUUAAUCUUCAUAAUACUUAGUGCAUUUUGGUCCAUAUGUAUACUCUACAAUAUAUAGACAUUUUAUAGAGCACUUAGAUCGAGCCUUUUACUACAUUAAUUGCUGUGUCAGAGUUUUUAAAUGAUUUUGUGAGUUCAUUCCAUGUGUUAUAUUUUUUACUGUUUCUCUGGUUUAGAGAGGCAACAGGCCCAAAUAGUUCUUAUGAGCUUUUCUCUUCAAACAAAAUGUAUUUUCUUACAACUUGAUGAUCUUAAGACAGUACAGAUUUUUCAGUCUUGUUAAUACUGGUUUUAUUCAUCUUAUCACAGAGUGAAUUACAGUUGUAGAGUUUUUAAAUUCACGUGUUCACAAUGAAGUUUAUCUUCUUAGGUAGCGUGCUGGGGAACUCUGUUCAUACGAAAUGUUACCAUUCGCUUCAGAAAGUCAUGGCAUAGGUUUCCACACCCAGCUGACCAAUGCUUAUGAAGCACACCCAGGACAUUCAAGCUUGCUUGAAUUGCUUCUGUGGAGCCAAAGGGGGAAAUGAAGAUUUUAUUAUGAUAUCCUCUCUACCCUUGUGAACCAUAUUGCUGGAUUCAGAUUGUCUGGAAAUUUAUCCUAUCUGGCCAAUAAAGGCAUUUUCUAUCUCUGAAUGAUAAUCCAGUUCAGAACUGGCUCAUUCACUUAACUUCAGGUGCAUCAAUCCAAGAUGGCCAGUUGCUGGGGUUUGGCUUUAUUUUUAGCUUGGAACUAAAUUAGUGAUGGCACAUCUUUCAACAAAUAGUUAUAAUCAUAUAAUAUGUGGUCUCCUACUUGUCUACACUCAAAUUGAUCUGGUAGGCAGGCAUACCAGGAUAUCGGUACAGGGACAGAUUAGAAUGCAAGAAAACUAGUUGGCUGGCACUAGAUGGCUUGGAAACAUGUGAAAUUCACUUUGGAAAGGCAUCAUGGAGCAUAACUGGAUGCCGUUUACAAACGCUUUGUGUGACUCUUACCAUGGCAGACUCUGUCACUAGAAAGCAAAAUAGAAUGAAGUGAAAUGAAUCCUACAGACAUUUAAGAAGUGGACCAUUUAGCAAAUGGUCAACAACAAUCAAUAAAAUGUUCAGUCUUGCAGGGCUAAUGAAAAGAGGCUUUUUUCUCCCCAAGAUACCCUCUGGAUUAUAUGAAACAGAUGAAGCCAGAUCAUCUGAAUAUUAGCCUCAUUCAUUCCCUGGGAUAGAUGUAGGGUUUGACAAGUUUUAUAGUUUCAUAGAGUUUAAGACCAUCAGGGACCUUCAGAUCAUCUAAUCUCACUUGAAACUAUCGUGCUAGAAACUGAAAAUGCUAUUAGCAGAGCACAGAUAGCUGUAAUCAAGUCCACAAAGUAAAUUGGUGGGGAUGGUGAAAAACAAAGCUCUAUCCUAUCAGCGGUUUGUUAGUGGUUCUCUUGGAUUCUGCUCAGCUAAGUGGUUAUAUACAGUAUGAGCUACGGGAGACAAGAUUUCUUGAUCCACAACUAUCAGGGGAUUGUUGCCAAAUCAUGGACUUUCGGACUCCAAAAGAGACAUCCAGAAGAAUUUUUCUUUUUACUUUUGAAUGCAAAUUGGGCAUUAGAGAAGCUGAAGUGUGGAUGCCUUCAGAGAACCUACAGUGAAAAUGAAGUUUGGUUUGAAUAGAGUUCCUAUCAAGUAUAUCUAGAUUGAGACAGAUUUUUAAAAUGGGUUGCUUUGUUCAGAUGCACCCAUGACUAUAUGGUUCAAAUUCUCUUCUGGCAUAAUUCCGUUAAAGUCAGUGAAUUUAUACCAGCAGAGAAAUUGGCCGUAUAUGUUUUCAGUUUGCUUACAUGAACUGCUGGUCAGGUAUAUUGCAUGGGUAUUUUUUUAAGUUGAUUUAUUUGUACUUCUCUAGUGAUUCCAAAUCUUAUUUAAAAUAUUCAAAAUAUUUUUUUAACUUUAAUUUUAAACUUCACUUCCUGUGUUAAUACCAAAAAAGGCAUUAGAAAGUGACAUGAUUAGAAUCUUUAUGAGCUUGUUCCCUUUCUAGAAUGCUAUACAGAACAGUGUAUAUAGAUAUAUUACUUGGUGUUAUCUGUAUAUUUUGGGCAUUUUCCUGACUGAACUACAACUCUGAAAGCUUGUAACUUAUCUAGCCUGAUUUUAUAAAUGUUAAUUUACUUGAAUUUUAAAAAGAUUAUUUUUUCAUACACAUUUGCAACAGGUGCUCUCUCUCUCCCCCCCCCCCAUUUUUGACUCAUUAUUAGAGUUUUUAAAAUCUGUAUUUGAACAUUUUGAAGUUCUCCAUCAGUAACUGUGUUGGUCAUGAUUAAUUUAUUUCACACUGUCUUUUUGGUUAAUGAUUUUUCAUUUUCAUAUAGACCCAAUUUAAUUUCUCGUGAGAAGAAGGGCGCUUUGUAAUAUCAGAUACCUGUAUACCAUUUCCAAGCUGCUGAGCCACAUUCUGUGUUUGGAUAGAAUGGCGUCAUUCUGGAUUAACUCUGCUUUUAUCCUGAGUUAUUUCAGUUUUACACGAUUAGAACUGAAAGCAGAAUGUGGCCUGAAACAUGCUUCUCAUUUGGCAGGUUUUAUCUUUAAAAUUUUUUUUGCAGUUUCAGAUGAAUGUUUCCUUGAUUUACAGCUGUUUUGAGGAUUUUGCUUUUCUUCUUCAAUUUCAUUUAUAUGUUUAAAAAACGUGUGCUACAGGAAAUGUUGCCUAAUACAAGAGGAUUAUCUUUCUGAGAGCUCGAGGUAUUUUUCUGAACUAGGAUUUUUUUAGCUGGAACUAUAUUUAGAAUUGAAAUAUGAUGAGAAUUUUCUUGAAGUGGCUGGUAUAUUUGGAACUAUUUUGAUUUGCUUCAGGAAAGUAAUAAAGCUGCUGUGGCUUAGUUAAUGUCAAACCCUUCAGAGUUAUUCAGAGCCUGUGUUAUAUACCUCCUUUUGUCCACAUGGUGGUACUCAGGACACUUUUGUUAGUGCAAAGGAUUGAACAGAGACUGAACUCUAAAAAUGGAAGGCAGGAAACAGUGCAGUGUAGAUACAUUACAUCUUGUGCCAUCUUUCCACUUUUAUCCUUGAGCCUAAUAUAUUUUUUCUAAAAUGUACAGUUUGUUUUUAGACAACAGUGUUUGCAAAAAAUACUGCCUUUAUUGGAUGAAUAUUUCCAGGUUAUAUGAUAUAGGUUUUGUUUGUGUUUUGUAUAUGCAUAUAAUGCAGGAGACUAUAUAGUAACAAAACAUGUCACUUCUAGACAUCAGUUUAUUUCCAGCAUAAGGGUAUGCAUCUUUAAGGGAGCAGUAAGUCUAUUGGAGUAUUAAGUAAAUCUUAAGAGUAGGGUGCUUUUAAAAAUCAAGUAGCAUUGCAAUCUACUUGUGAUCUUUUACAUUAAUGUUUUUAAUACAUGGAUAUUUUGUAUAAAUAAAUUGUACUUGGUAAAAUAAGCACAUAGGUUUCUGUAGCAUAGUAUUAGGAUGGGUUUCUCUUGUUAUCAAUCCUCCCUUUGUGUUUUCUGAUCAUAGGUAUUAUUGACAAAUAUACAUGUUUACCUGAUAGGUAAGGCUAAAUGUGAAGUAAUUUCUUAACUCACUGAUAACCAUUUCAUAAAAUAUUUUAGUGCUUCUGAUUGUCACGAUGGUGAGUUAUUACUUUUCAUGUCAGCCUGUGCCCAGCUUUAUGGAAUACAGCAUCUGUUUCUUUUCUUUGGCCUUUUUAUAGUAUUUUAUGUUUUGUCUGUAGUGUUACAUAACAGUUGUAUGAAGAAACAUGAUCUAGAUGGUUUAUAUUAUACACACAUCUGUUUUUCAAAUAUACUGCAUGCCAUCUAAGGUCUUUGAAUUUUAUCUAUUUACUAAAAUGACUGUUGCGAUAUAAAAUUGUUAUUGUUCAAAUCUUAGAAAUCAAAGAUUAAAGUUGACAUUAAUUUUUACUGAAUAAUUUUUACUUCAUAUUCUGUAUAUAUCAAGAAGCAUAAAUUUAUCUCUGAAAUGUGGCACGCAGGCCAAAACUAAAAUAGAUCCAGAAGUACAUCAUAUCUAAAUCCAGCUCCAUCUUCCAUGUUUGGUAUAGCUUAUGAAGGCUUACAAAUUUAACUAUGACUUUGUCUCAAAAAUUUGUGGUUCAAAUGGAAAAUCCAAGCUUUAUAAUACCAUAAGAGAAUGUGUAUAACAUAUGGCAUGCUAACAGAAAUGUUAUGUGUUAAUAGACCAAAACAAGCUCAUAAGUGUAAAGAAUAUAAUCUACAAAGAUUUUGAGACUUCUGUCUUAGAAAAGUGAUACAUUUAAUUACAUACUGAAUUUUUCACUGUAAAUAUAUUUUGUCUCAGUUCACUGUUUGAAGAAUUUGAUGAUGCACUGUAUUUUAUUGUUGUAUUUAAUUUUCAAAUAACAUUUAGCUGUCAUUGAAUUCAUCACGGUACAUGCAUACUGACAAAUAGAGCCCUGGAAAUCUGCAGAUAUCCAUGGACCAUGUUUGUGGAUCGCGAAUCAGAUGUGGAUACAAAUUUUGUAUCCACACAAGGCUCUAGUGAUAAACAUUAUACAUACCUCUUGGCCCCAUUAAUUUUUUUCCUCAGCAUUUAAAGUUCAGUUCAGUGCAUACAUGUUAAGUGGAUCACAAGAUAUCCUUCACUGCCUUGUACCUUGCAUGGUCAUUUACAUCUGUGUCAGAUCCUACCAGAUGAGAACGGUAAUGGUUUAUACCCAUUUCGUAGAUGUGACAAUGACAACACAAGGUUCAGAGUCAGGUAGCCUUUCCCUUUCUUGUCUUUUAAAGCACAAAAGAGAUCAUUAAGGCCAGGGUCAGUGGAAGAACCGUCGACCUAGCUACCACCUCUCAGGGAGAUUGAUUAACUUCAGCGACAGGAGAACCUCUCCCAUUGCUGUAGUAAGUGUCUACACUGACGCGCUGCAGCAGCGCAGCUGUAUCAGAGUAGCUGUGCUGCUGUAGCAGUUUCAGUGUAGACAUAGCCUCAGCCACAAAGGAGUAAAUUUAAGUUUUGCUAUUCCCUAUGGCCAGUAUUUUCAAAUGUAAUUGCCUACAGUUGAAUAUCUGGGCUGAAAUCAUGGCUUCUUUGAAGUCAACGGGAGUUUAACUUCAGCGGAGCCAGGAUUUCACUCCUAAUCUGUGUAUGGACACCUCAGUGUGGACUGAUUUUUCAGAGGUUCCACUGACUUCCAUCGUAGUUACAGGUAGAUACUCAGCCCAUCUGAAAAUCAGAUAAUCUAGUUACUUGUCUAAAUAUGGGUUAAUAUAGGUGCCUAUUUUUAGAUACCUGCAUUUGAAAAUUUUAUAUAAAUGUCCAGCUCUCCCAUGAGGAAAAGAGCACAGGGGCUAGAUGGAGUUUGAAAGGGCACUCGGCAGCAUUUUGACCAGUAAUGAUGAUUUUCUUCUCAAGAUAAAGUUAGCUGCCUCAGCAAGCUCACUGCACCUGUUGUCUAAGGUUUUCAGUCUUCAUCGAUAAUUUCACAGAAAUGCAGAUUACGGCAAGGUUUUCUUCUUACUGUAGCUAUAUUCAAAUUAAAGAACUGAAAAAUAAAGGAUUAUGACAAAAUUAAAAUGGGAGUGGAAAGGGCCUUGCAAAAGAAGAGAACUGAUGUACAUCUUGUCUCUCUUCCGUCUCUUUGUUGCCUGUGACACUGUAACAGAGAACACAGUGACCUUAUUUUAAGCAACAGCUUAGAGAAAGGAAGCAAAGUACCCAUGGCCAGUUAAUAAUACCAAAACCAGUGGCAUCCAUCAUCUCCUUGACAUAUCCAGUCAUCAGGUCAAGGUUUCACGCAAUUACUCCAGCAAUUAAAAACAUAUUUGUAUGAGUGUGAUAUUUUCUUGUACCAUGUAGCAUAACUACUAGCUGCUACUAGGAAAAAUUCAUAAUGUCUAUCAAACCAAGACACAGAGUACAUUGGUCCAAAAGGACUUAAGCACCUAAACUGCCACUUUAGGUACCUAAAUCCCAGAAUCAGGGCCCUCCUCCUCUUCCCCUCCCCACACCUAUCUUCUUGCAAAAAUGGCAUAGGCACCUAACCUCAAGAGAGGUUUUGCAGCUGAGAAUCCCAAGCAGAGGGAGGUACCUCCCUCCAGCCCAGAGUUAGGCUGAGGGGCAGGGCUUAGAACACACACCUCUUCUUUACAUCUCCUAUUAGGUAACUUUGGUGAGCAGCCACGUAGCACGCUGGUUUUUGUGAAUGCCAUUCUGAGGCACCUGGCUCUCCCCAUUCAUUCUGCACGGAGGCUUUUUGAAUCCCAGUGAUUUUUUAGCUAUAAUGAAGCUGAGCAUUACCAUACUUACAUUUUUUGUAGCCCAUGGUUUCUCGCUCCGUCUCUUUCUUCCUGACAAAGUAGCCUUGUUUCAUCUAGUGCCUUUUUCCUCAGAGGGAGCUCUAGAGUGGUGGCAGAAAGCCAGAUUCCACUCUUUUACACCCAUGCAACCUCAGAUCCAAGAAAUGAAAUAUUUGCAGCACUCAAAAUCUCUACUCUAUAGUAACCCAACUGUCCAGACCAACAAUAAACCAUGACUAAAAAUAAAGCAUCUGUAAUCAACUGUUAGAAUCAUAGAACAAUAGGAUUAGAAGGGACUGCAGGGUCAUCUAGUCUAACCCUCUGCCAAGAUGAAGGAUUUGUUGUAUCUAAACCAUCCAAGACAGAUGGCUAUCCAGCCUCCUUUUGUAAGCAUCCAGUGAAGAAGCUUCCACAACCUCCCUAGGCCAUCUGUUUCAUUGUCCUACUGUUCUUACAGUUGGGAAGUUUUUCCUGAGAUUUAAUCUAAAUCUGCCAUGCUGUAGUUUAAACCCAUUUCCUCUAGUCCUGCCCUCUGUGGCAAAAGAGAACAACUUUUCUCCCUCUUUUUUAUGGCAACCUUUCAAGUAUUUGAAGACCGGUAUCAUGCCCUCCCACCCCCUACCCCCCAUUUAGCUCCUCUUUUCCAAGCUAAACAUACCCAGUUCCUUCAGCCUUUGUUCAUAUGACUUGGAUUUCAUUCCUUUGAUCAUCUUUGUCACUCACCUCUGGAUCCUUCCCAGUUUCUCCACAUUGUUUCAGUACAUUGGUGACCAAAACUGGAUGCAGUGCUCCAGCUGAGGCCCAACCAACACCAAGUAAAGCGCUAUUAUCACCUCCUCUGACUUGCAUGCUAUGUCUCUGUUAAUGCGACAUGAAAUUGCAUUUGCUUCUUUUUGCAACAGCAUCGCAUUGCUGAGGCUCUGUCUACACUAUGACUUAUGUCAGUAUAACUUUGUUGCUCAGGGGUGUGAGAAAAAAUCCCCGAGUGACAUAAAUUACACUGACAUAAGCGCUGGUUUGGACAGUGCUAUGCUGGCGGGAGCACUUUUCCCAUCAACAUGGCUACCGCUGCUCGUUGGGGGUGGAUUAAUUAAGUCAAUGGGAGAGCUCUUUCCCGUCAUCUUAGAGCUACUACACUAGACAGCUGAGAAUGGCACAGUUGCGUUGGUACAGCUGCACUGCUAUAAGCUCUCUAGUAUAGACAUAGCCUGACUUGUAGUGAGGUUGUGAUUCACCACAACUCUCAGAUCGUUCUCCGCAGUGCUGCUGCCAAGCCAGUUAUCCCCCAUUCUGUAUUUGUGCAUUUGGUUUUUCUUCCCUAAAUGUAGCACCUUACAUUUGUCAUUUUGUUGUCUAUAGCCCAGCUCUCCAGUUUAUCAAGAUUCCUCUGAAUUUUUGCUCUAUCCUCCAAAGCAUUGUCAAACCCCCUCCCCAGCUUUGUGUCAUCUGCAAAUUUAAUCAAAAAGCUAUCUAUUCCUACAUUCAGGUCAUUAAUAAAGAUGUUAAACAACAUAAGACCCAGAACCUAUCCCUGUGGAACCCCACUUGAGACCUCCCUCCAAUCUGACCCCUUUCCAUUAAUAGUUACUCGUUGUUUAGCCAAUAUAUGUAUCCACUUAAUGGUAGUUCCACCAAGCCCAUAUUUCUCCAGCUUACUUAUCAGAAUGUCAUGUGGGACUGUGUCAAAAGCCUUGCUGAACUCCAGGUAUAACUGCAACUCUUAAAUAGCAAUGAAAAAAAUGCAUGUGAAUCAUUCACACUGAAUGUCUUUUAGAUAAGUAUUUGAAAAGGGAAUGACUGGGAGCACCUGUGCCCAACAUCAAGUGCCUCCUGCCCUGAGAGUGGAGAACCACUGAUGCCUCUUGGUGCAAUUGCACAUGCUGCAGUUCUUUGGCUGAUAGCCUAAUAAGUGAUACAUCAGACUAGACAUAUUAAUUGAAUCCUGAUCUGAGUGUGAUGAGUUGAUUAAUCAUAAGCAGGUAUUACAUUUGUAUUUAACAGGAAGCAAUAUUUUGCUGCUGUUUCACAUGUUGAUAAGGUCUCAGCUGGAACAUUGUGUCCAGUUCUGGGUGCCACAUUUCAGGAAAGAUGUGGACAAAUUGGAGAAAGUCCAGAGAAGGGCAACAAAAAUUAGUAAAGGUCUAGAAAACAUGACCUAUGAGGGAAGAUUGAAAAAAACUGGGUUUGCUUAGUCUUAGGAAAGAGAAGACUUAGAGGGGACAUGAUAACAGUUUUCAAGUACAUAAAAGAUUGUUACAAGGAGGAGGGAGAAAAAUUGUUCUUCUUAACCUCUGAGGAUAGGACAAGAAGCAAUGGGCUUAAACUUCAGCAAGGGAGGUUUAGGUUGGACAUUAGGUAAAACUUCCUGUCAGGGCGGUUAAGCCUGGAAUGAAUUGCCUAGGGAGGUUGAGGAAUCUCCAUCAUUGGAGAUUUUAAGAGCCGGUUAGACGACACCUGUCAGGAAUGGUCUAGUUACUACUUAGUCCUGCCUUGACUGCAGGGGACUGGAUUAGAUGACCUAUUGAGGUCCCUUCCAGUCCUACACUUCUGUGAUUCUAUGAUUCUCCGCCUAACCUGGAGUGCAGUAUAGCUAAUUGUGCUAUUUCUCAUUAUGCAAUCAGAUUAUAGGAAUUAAUGUAGGUGCAAUCAUACCCCUGAUUAGUGACUCCCAUUAGACUUAACUCACUGUUGUGUCAGAGAUUUGGAAUGAAAAUCAAAGGUAGGUGAUGCCAGCACUUCUUCAGCUCUUUUCUUGUUAAGUGUCAAUGAGCUUCUAUUUGUUUUGGGCAAUGUCCACAUUAUAGACUCUGCUUAACAGUAACCCAUGUCACUUCUUCUUUUCUUUGUUUCCUUGUUCUUUCUUGAUAUUUCCACUUGGAUUUUUAUAUACAUAUAGAUUACAUAUGGUUGUCAUCCAUAUAUAUUGUGACCAGUGAGACCUCAGUCCAUGUUGCAUAUACUUGACUAUUCAUGGCACUGAGGAUUUACUGGUCAGUUUUAUUUUGCUUUUUAAACUAGAAAUUCAUUUUCCAGUUCAGCUCCAAAGUAGAAAUUCUGCUGCAAAAUCAUAAGUUAUCCACUUAACGGAAGUUUGCAUUGAAUUGAACCCAGAAUGUCAAAUGUGUUUAUUGUAAUAGUUCUAUUUUAUUUAUUUAUUUUAUAUAUGUGAUUACGUUUUCUACCUUACAUCGGUCAUUUCUAUUGUGGAAUUUUUAGCAUUUUAAGACGGUAAUAAUUUUUUUUAAAGCAGUUGGAUGUUUUUUGUCUUUAAAAUGUUUCUUUUUCUUCCACUUCUUCCUGAUGUUACUAUAUUAUAUUUGGAGAAAUAGUUUUCAGUCUGUUAUCAGGUUUUUCUGUCCUUGUAACAGUUUUACACAUUUUAUUACAUGGAUAUAGUCCAAAUAAAAGUUUGUUGGUGAAACUAUAA